CUGUGUUGACAUGGAACGUGAAAACAGAGGACAGGCAUAUACACUGGGUGAGUGAAAAUGGCGGCACGUUACUGUGUUCACUUUCUAUCCACGCUUGUCAUCACGAACAGACUGUUUCUGGUUUCUACUGAAACUGUACUCGGAGAAAAAGUGGACGAUGAAUUUGACUUCGAUGGCUUGCCAGGUGUUCAACACGAGUUUAAAUUUGAAAUAGCUGCUGGUAGAGAGGAGUGUUUUUUUCAGAUGGCAGCGAAGGGGGCCAAACUCCACGUGUCUUAUGAGGUUUUACGAGGGGGAGAUAGGAAUAUCGACUUUUUCUUGAAGGAUCCCUACCUUAACGUAGUCGACGAGUAUUAUAUGAGGACUGAUGGAGCUGUAGAAAAAGAUAUAAUUGAACCAGGAAUCUACCAAGUAUGUUUUGACAACACACAGAGUCGAUUCAGCUCCAAAUUAGUAUUUUUCUAUCUUGUGACGUUCGUUAUGGAACAGUGGUCCAAGUACGUCAUGGAAGUGACAGAAAUACAAGGAAUUGCCACGAAUUUCUCGGCGUCCCUGUCGGAUGUGGAACUCUCCCUGAAUGAAGUCAAGAAGCACCAGAUGACGAGCCGGCUCAACGUCAUCCGAGACUGGUACCUCAUCAUGGGCAACAACCGCUACGUCGGCUACUGGUCUGUGGCUCAAUGUGUCGUCGUGGUCGUCGCUGCAGCGUGUCAAGUUUACUUUCUUAGACGCCUCUUUAAAGUUUCCGUCGUUACGCCUUCAUCUAAACCUCGUGCCUAAAUAAAUCAUGCUUUUUUAUACUAAAACUGAGAA